UGUUUCUUCCAUUGUUGCUGCUGAUCUGCUCUCUCUCUUCAGCUCAGAUUCAAGCCUUUGAGUCUGACAAUGAACUUGGAGUAAAUUUAAGACAAACUGAGGUGACAGGAGGAGAAGCAGGAAAUGUCUCUGAGCAACAACCAACGUGUACGCAGGAUCUCCAUGCAGUGCUGAGGGAGAUGAGCGGCGUGUUGGCUGGACUGAAGGUUGAGAUGAGAUACUUGCAGCGUGAUAAUACAGAACAAGCAAUAAAGACCAGAGAAUUGGAGCAGCAGUACCAAGCACAAUCAGCUAAGGUGAAUCAACUGGAGUCACUGAAGCAACAGUACCAAGAGCAGGCAGCUAAGCUGGCAGAACAGGCGGCUAAACUGGCAGAACAGGCAGCUAAACUGGCAGAACAGGCAGCUGAACUGCUCACCAUUAAAGCCAGAGCAAACACAACAGAAAACCAUGUGAACACUCUGACAAGAGAAGGAGAAGAGCAGGCAGCUGAACUGCUCACCAUUAAAGCCAGAGCAAACACAACAGAAAACCAUGUGAACACUCUGACAAGAGAAGGAGAAGUGAAACGGGUGGCUUUCUCAGCAUCUUUGGUCGUUUCUGGCUCAGAAACUAUUGGACCAUUUAACGCACACACCAACCUGAUCUUCAGAAACGUUGUUACAAAUGUUGGAAAUGCCUAUAACCCAAACACAGGCUUUUUCACAGCUCCGGUGAGAGCAGCCUACCACUUUGAGUUCUACCUUCAUGGAAAUGGACAUCCUUCAUAUGGUACUGGUGCUGUGCUGGUCAAGAAUGGAGACCAUGUUUUAAUUUCCCAUGAACGUCAGACUUCAGGGUCUGUUAAUCCUGCUCAUGGUGUCACUUUGUUAUUAGAGGUUGGAGAUGUUGUGUUUUUGCGUCAGUGGAUAAACUCAAGGAUUUACGACGAUCAUUAUCACUAUACUACCUUUAGUGGCCAGCUUCUUUUCACAUUGUGAGAGUUCUUCAGUUCACUGAUACUCAUGCAGUUUAUUAUCAGAAUGUAUCUUUGUAUUUCAGUUUUCUAAUUGAUGUAAACACAGUCUUCCUAUUAAAGUUUUAUUUUCAGCUG